AUGGCGUGGAAGCAGGCCGGUGGUGGAGAGCCAGUUGCACGCCGGGAGCGGACCACUCGGCUCAGGAUACGAUAUGAAGGGAUACCAAAAGUACAACUCACGUUUGCAAUGGUUAACAUCGAGGGGCUGGCCAGCAGCAAACAGAAGGUCGAGGGGGGUUCAUGUCGGGGCAUGGGCGACCUGUCAGGCCAUGUCCUUGUCACAGGCUCAGGUGUGCUGAACCGAGGUAGCGUUGUUAACGCCACCUUGGCUGCGGGCAGCCUCUGCUUUCUGCAUGCAGGUUUUGAGGGCUUGAACGACGGCCUGGCACUUGCGCCAGUCGCGGCCGUGGUCGCCCAUGCAGUCCAGCACAGCGUAGUGCUCGUCCUUGCAGCCAGUCGCAUCGAGACGUUGCUCCGUCUCAUCCUCUUCUUCUUCCUCUUCCUCCGCCUCUACGUCUACUACCUCGCCGUGCUGCUUCUCCACGGCUGCAGCACGACGAGCAUAAAUGCGAUCAUGCGCAGACGACAUGAUGCCCGGGGUCGUGCGAUAAUAAUUGUUCACUCCUUCAGCAGGCUCGGCACAUCGGCUCCAGCUCUCUUGAAUCCAAACACCGACGUUGGCGUGCGUGUAUACCCCACGUCGACGGUGGCCACUGCUGCUGCUGCCACACGGAUUGCAUACAGACUAAGACCAGCAGCUCAAAACUCUGAAAUGACGACACGGCCAAGCGCUUGA